UGAUAUGUUGGCACAUGAACCUCAAGUACUUAUUCAAUUGGCAGAAAUAUAUAAUCAACAAGGAGAACAUUCACAAGCAAUAGAAUUAUUUACUCAAGCAAGUACUCUAGCCCCUACAGACCCUUCAAUAUUAGAAAGAUUAGCAUCUAUUUACGAGAAUUUUGGUGAUAAUUCAACAGCUUUUCAAUAUUUUCGUGAUAGUUUUCACCAUUUUCCUUCAAAUAUUUCAUUAAUUAAAUGGCUUGGAAAUUAUUAUAUGUCUGCACAUUUCUCAGAAAAGGCUGUUUUAUAUUUUGAAAAAGCUGCUUUAAUGGAACCUAAUAAUCCGGAAUGGCCAAUGUUGACUGCCGGGUGUCAAAGACGUUCAGGAAAUUUUCAACGAGCAUUGGAAAUAUACAAACAAGUACAUAGAAGAUUUCCUGAAAAUGUUGAAUGUUUAAAAUUUCUUGUACAACUAAGCAAAGAAUUACGAUUAACAGUGGAAGAGCGUGAUUAUACAGAAAAAUUGGGAAGAAUUGAAAAAAUAGGACAAUUAAAGGCACAAAGAGAAUCUGGAGGACAAAGGCUUUUAUUUAAAAUUAUUUUUUAUUUAUUUUUUAUUAAAGGCAAUUAUCAGCAAAUAAUGAAAGAAAAAAUAUUUUUGAUAUUUCAACUCCAACAUCCCAACAAAAUAGUCAAAGAAAUAGUGGAAGAGGAACAACAACUAAUUCUGAAAGAGCUUCACAAAUUUUACAACAAGUUGGGGGAAGUAAUCAAAAUUAUCAAGCUACAAAAAGGGAUAUUACCGCAGAUGAUUUAAUUUGGAAAGACAAUAAUAUAAACAAUAAUUCUUUUUCUAUGGCUACUCGUCCAAUGACUGGAAUGAGAAGGGCGGGGGAUGAACAACAAUC